AACACACCUGAAAAGUAUUUGUCUGCAACAUCAGCUGUAUCUUCUUCUGAGCAGCUAUUUCAUUUGUCUUUUAAAGAAUGAGAUGGGACUAAUCAUCUUCUUCCUAUGUGCUUAUGUACCAAAGACAGCAGCAGAACAUUGCAAGUGGGCAGAAGUUCUGAAAGAUUUGGAGCAGAUCAAGACAUCCAAAGACAUUGAUGUUAGUUUAUAUACUGCAAACACAGAUGAGGAUAAAGAAUGUCAAGAACCUGUAAUGAGAUGCUUUUUCUUAGAGACAAAAGUGAUUCUUCAAGAAUGUCUUAUCAAAAAAUGUAGUAAAACACAGGAUGUAUUGAACAUAUGGAAAAAUGGAAAUGCUAGCUUAGGAAACAACAAGUUGAAUUCCACAAUCUCAGCAAAAUGCAAAGAGUGUGAAGAGUAUGAAGAAAAAAAUUUUACAGAAUUUAUACAGAGUUUUGUAAAGGUUAUACAGAAGGAAUGCAAACACUGACCAAAAGACACAAGCUGGGAAC